UUUCGCCAGCUCGUAGUGGGCUCGGCGGUAUCUCGGCCGGAGAGGCGAGGCGGUCUUUCCCCAGCCAUGGUUGGCUGUCUCCUCAGACUGGGGCUCGGAGGGAAGCUGCCCUGCUCCUCCUUCCUUUUCCCGCCAAAGCACAUCCCUCCCGCCAUUGCUGCCUGCUUCUUCUCUUCCCCCGCCGCCGCCCGUUGCUUGGGCGGCCGGUUCGCCGGUCUCCUUCCCCGGCCUCCGGCGCCCAAGAAGAUCCCGUUCCGCGUGGCCGCGCACGGCAGGUCGUGGGACGAUCCCUACAACUGGAUGAGAAAUACGGACGACCCGGAUUUCGCGAGGCAUCUGGAGGAGGAGAACGCCUACGCCGAGGCCUUCAUGGCGGGAACUGCGGGACUCCAGAGGAAGCUCGUCACGGAGAUGAAGGCUCGAAUGCCGCCUGAGAUUUCCACCCCUCCCGAACGAUACGGCCCGUGGUUAUAUUAUCAAAGGGUGCCGACAGGAAAGGAAUAUCCCAUACUUUGUAGGAGACUUGAGAGCAAUGGUGGUUUUGUGAAAAUGAUUUUGGGGUUAAUAGCAGGAGAUCACAAAGAAGAAAUACUGCUUGAUUGGAAUGAAAUUGCAGAACAAUAUGGUUAUGUUCAUGUCGGCACAUGUAGAGUUUCUCCUAAUCAUAAUUUCCUUGCUUAUACGCUGGACAUUGAUGGUAGAGAGCUGUUCACUCUUUGGAUAAAAGAUCUAAAAAUGGGCUCUCUUAUUGAAAAAUCAAGUGCACAUGGGGUUGCUAGCGUGGCAUGGGCUGAAGACAGUAAUGCCUUGAUGUACACAGUAGUAGAUGAGACUCGAAGGCCUUACAGAGUACUUUACUCGAUCCUGGGAUCAAAUAAUGUGGAUACUUUGCUAUUUGAAGAAAGUGAUUCAAACUACUGCACUGAGGUUACAAGCACAAAAGAUGGCAAGUUCGUUACCAUAAAUUCCAACUCAAGGACUUCAUCCGAGGUGUAUGUGGUUAGCACAACCAAAUUGAAAGAAGGGCUGCAACUAGUUCAGAAACGUGAAUAUGGUGUGCAGUGUUUUCUGGAGCACCACCAUGGGUACUUCUAUGUCCUCACAAACUUUCAGUCGGAUAAAGCUUCAGCUUCUGAAGGUUAUCAUAUUGCUAGGUGUGCUGUGGCAAAUUUCCCGUCAGGUGAUUGGCAGGAUGUCAUUCAUGCCGGUCCAGAUGUUUGCCUUGAAGAUAUGGAUAUAUUUGAUAGGCACUUGGUUCUCUUUAUCCAAAAAAAUGGGUCUCCUAUGAUUUGUUCCGUAAAUAUGCCUUUGGAAGUUGAUUUCAAGCGUCCACUGUACCUGGAUGAUUUCAAACCAUGGUUCUUUCCUCUGCCUCCAAAUAUUUGCAGCAUAACUCCUGGUUCAAAUCAUGACUUUAAGAUGCACAUUUAUCGUGCAGUUCUCUCUUCUCCAGUGAUGCCAGAUCUGAUAGUUGAUUUUGAUAUGUUAAACCAAAACUUUAUUAUUGUGGAUGAAGAAAAAGUUGUUGGAGUCAACAGUGAUGCAGGAUGUGAUUUACAGUUCAGUCAUUAUCUUCACAAGGAUCUGUUGGGUAUUUUCAAACAAGUAGAACAACAAUGUUGGAGUACUCUGUAUGAAGCAUUUGUUUGUGAAAGAAAAGAAGUAAGUUCACUUGAUGGUGUUUGUGUACCUUUAACGAUUGUUUACUCUAAGAGGUCAGCACAAUGUGGUAAAAGGCCAGGCUUGUUACAUGGCUAUGGGGCUUAUGGUGAAGUCUUAGACAAGAGCUGGUGUUCUGAUCACUUGAGCUUGCUUGAUCGUGGUUGGGUCAUAGCAUAUGCUGAUGUAAGGGGUGGCGGAGGUGGAGGCAUUUCAUGGCAUCAUUCAGGUGCUGGCCUGCAUAAGCUUAACUCUGUUCAAGAUUUUGUUGCAUGUGCCAGAUACCUGAUUGGUGAAGGUUAUGUUCACAAAGAUAAACUUGGUGCCAUUGGCUUCAGUGCUGGUGGUUUGCUUUUAGGUGCUGCUAUUAAUAUGUUCCCAGACUUAUUCUGUGCUGCUAUAUUAAAGGUUCCUUUCCUGGAUGUGUGCAAUACCUUGAUGGAUCCAAGUUUGCCCCUUACCGUGUUAGACUAUCAAGAAUUUGGUGACCCAAGAAUUCCCGAAGAAUUUGAGACGAUUCUUGAAUGCUCUCCAUAUGAAAACAUUAAGCCAGGAGUCUGUUAUCCUUCAAUGCUUAUAACUGCUUCCUUUAGUGAUCAGAGGGUGGGAAUUUGGCAGCCUACCAAGUGGGUUGCUAAAGUACGAGAUCUGACUUGCAGCAGCUGUGCACGGGCAAUCAUUCUAAAAGCAAACAUGGAUGGAGGGCAUUUUGGAGAGGGUGGGCGUUAUAAACACUGUGAAGAAACAUCUCUGGAGUAUGCCUUUCUGAUAAAAGCAAUAAAUCUGAAUGGUACUUCUCAAGAUUGGUAGCUUAUGCAUUAUCAGGAGAAGCAGAAUGAGGCCUCUUUACAAGUGCCAUUAUACUUCAACGUUAUUUUUUGGAUCGUAGUCUCUUCCUGUGCAAUGUGCGAUAUAUUUAAAUGACUUCAACUUUCAAUAAGUUGGGAGAGGAUUAUGUGUCUACUGCUUUGUACCUGUGAUCAAGGGUCGUAGACUGCUUUAAAUUUAAACAUCGCAAGCAAAUUUGACAUGCCGAUAUUGUCAGUCAUAGAUGCUGGUGAAGAUACAGAGAGCACAUGAAAGCCCAUUAAGUUCUAUCCAGUCCUAUCCUUCUGCUCAUCCACCUGAACAUAAACAAAGCGUCCAGACUUUUGUUUGUGGACAUGGAAAGUCCUGCCCAGUCCCUAUCUAGAUCUGAUUAUCAGUCCAUCUUAAAUGUAUUUGUUAUGUCUAUAAAAUGUAUAUUUCUGUUUAGUUCAUUGUUAAGAAAUUCUAAUAGGGAGAGCAUCACCCUCAGUUGGAGCUGCAA